AUGACUGAAAGGGGUGAAGGACACAAACGCUCCCGAAGUGCAUUGGCGCUUGCAAUCUUGCAUCGUGAUAAGUCAAAGGACAGCUACGAGGAGAACAUCGGCCGUAAUAGUAGUGACUCUUCACAAUCCUCUACGCCGCCUCAAGUCCAUAGCACAUCCCCUGCUCCUAUCAUUUUGACCACGCGAAGCUCCAGUCGUCGAAUGUUUGGCCAGGAAGCGAAGUCGCCGUCGAUGUCAGAACCUCUAGAGUUUGUGGGCUCCAACCAGAGCAGCGAUAAAUUAAUAGAGAAGUUACACCCGACAACACAAGCUGACAGCGGGAGCAUAUCGCUAGAUCAGUCUGUGCGCACCUUCCGACUUUUUGAGACUUUGCGCAGUGGUGACACAACCGCGAUAUCGAAAGCAAUCAAAGAGAACAAGGAUUCUCAGGAUGCAAAUAGUCUUUCCGGAACGACCAUACUCCACCUAGCGAUCCAAUGUGCUGAGCCGCAGGUCGUUGAAUACAUUUUAUCUGCAGGUGAGGAGAUCAACGUGAACGCGCGUGAUCGGGAUGGCAAUACUCCGCUUCAUCUGGCCUCUCAACUUGGCAGGGGACCGUUGGUUCGCGAGCUGUUAAACCAGCCGUCUCUUAACGACUCUAUUGUCAACUAUCGUGGGCAGACCGCCCUCGAUGUUGCACACACCGCGGAGAUUUUCCAGCAACUUCAACUAGCACGGUCACUCUUCAUGGACAGUAAAACCCAAGAAAUACAGUCACUUAUACAUCAGGGCGACUACGAGAAGCUGGAAAAAGUACUGGAGGAGCCUCGUGUGGAAGGCAUAGUUGAUGUCAAUGGUCUGGAUUUGGUCACUGAUCCUGCCACCGCCCAGUCUGGUGGAACUUUGUUACAUGAAGGGGCAAGGAAGAAAGAUACGAAACUCAUUCAAAUAUUGCUCAUACAUGGUGCUGACCCGUUCCGCCGUGAUAAAAAAGGAAAGCUACCCCAGGAUGUCACAAAAGACGAUAAGACGCGAGCUAUAGUCAAGAGGUCUCCUGCUGCCGUUAUUGCCCAGCGUGGUAUUCAGGAAAAAGCCAUUCUAGGGACCAGCUCCGGUCAAGGGAUAUCUGGUCGAGCUAGCACAGGCGAAGCGCCUUUUGCGGGUAAAGAUGCACGUGAGAUGAGAGGCUAUCUGAAAAAAUGGACAAACUAUACUACUGGAUAUAAACUACGUUGGUUCGUCCUUGAGGAUGGCGUUCUGAGUUAUUACAAACACCAAGAUGACGCAGGAUCUGCUUGCCGUGGUGCGAUCAACAUGAAAAUUGCCAGACUCAAUAUGGAUUCACAAGAUAAGACACGCUUCGAAAUUCAUGGGAAGUCUUCUGUCAAGUACCAUCUCAAAGCAAACCAUGUUGUUGAGGCUAAGCGGUGGUUUUGGACCUUAAAUAACGCUAUUCAGUGGGCAAAAGACGAGGCAAAGGAAGAGGAGAAACGACAGACAAAAAAUGCUGAGGUACUACGCCAGGCAAAGAUAGAACAGACAGAGGGUCGGGUCUCUGAGAGCCCAGCUGAAUCUCCCAAUCUGGUGACGACAAAGUCAAACGGGAAAGGGCUCGCUCCCCCGUCUUUGGGAGUUCCAAGUAUCAACAGUACAAGGCUUAGCACAUACACCUCUCGUACAACUUUGGAAAGUACGCCUGCAGAUGAUGGCUCUUUGUAUGAGUCUUACGAUCAAGGUGGUCAACAAAACGAAGCGAAUCAGGUCGUAAGCCAUAUAACCAGCGCUCCUGAUGCCGAGGGAGAUGAUGAUGAAUAUGGCGAUUAUGCAUCAAGUCGCGACAUACCACCAACUGAUAAAGAUGCUUUGAACAUAACUGCACAAUCUGCAAAAAUUCAGCUGGAUAUUCUUGCCAAUGUUUCUUCUUCUCUACAAGCCGAAAAAUUGAACCAUCCAAGCAUGCCCCUUUCUGACCCGGCUAUUGACCAAGCUUUAGGUGCCUAUGAGGCUGCUUAUCGACUGAAUCGAGAGGCGUAUCUGCGCAAAAUGUGGGAAGAGAGCAUGGCUCGAGUUGCGCAGGAACAUGAAGAAUUACAGUCUAAAAUGGGAGAGUCCGAAGAGAAGCGCCGACGAACUAAGAGGGCUCUCAAGGAAGCACUAGAGAACUCGUCAACUAAAACGAUUUGCAUGGCUAGUCAAAUGCCAUCGCAUGUGCAUGUCUCUGGUGAAGACAACGGCGGUGCACCGAAAGGGCAAAUAUCAGAAUCAUCUGAGAAAAUGUCACAUUCUGAAGAGUCAGGUACAGGAGGACCUCUACAUCGUCCAAAAUCAACACUUUCUCGGAUUAGCAGUCUGUAUGGUUCCGCCUCAGACGACGACGAUGAGUUUUUUGAUGCAAUUGAUUCUGGAGAGAUUGAGGUGGAAACUCUCGCUAGCACAGAAAUUAAUGAUAAAGAACAGAAGUCUGUGGAUGUAACUAUUGGACUUCGCGCCGUAAAACGUUCGGAGAUUGUCUUUUCGUUUAAGGGAUAUGAAGAACCGAUCAGGACAAAAUUAAAAAUGGAUUAUGACAAUAGACCAAGGAUCUCCUUGUGGGGAAUUUUGAAAUCUAUGAUUGGAAAGGAUAUGACAAAAAUGACGUUACCAGUGUCUUUUAAUGAGCCAACUUCGUUGCUUCAACGUGUAGCCGAGGACCUGGAAUAUGCGGACCUUCUCGACAUAGCGGCUGACCGAUCUGAUUCAAUGGAACGCUUGGUUUAUGUUGCUGCGUAUGCCGCCAGCGAAUACGCCUCAACCAUCGGUCGUGUUGCAAAACCGUUCAAUCCUCUUUUGGGGGAGACGUUUGAAUAUGCUAGGCCUGAUAAAGGAUAUCGGUUCUUUGUUGAACAAGUCAGUCAUCACCCACCAAUUGGUGCGGCAUGGGCCGAAUCAGCGAAGUGGGAUUACUAUGGUGAAUCCGCUCUCAAAUCCAAGUUCUAUGGGAAGUCUUUCGAUAUCAACCUUCUUGGGACAUGGUUUUUGAAGCUGCGCCCUGCUUCUGGGGGAGAAGAACUUUAUACAUGGAAGAAAGUUACGUCGUCCGUUAUUGGUAUCAUCACGGGUAACCCCACAGUUGACAAUUAUGGGUUGAUGGAAAUCAAAAAUUGGACUACUGGUGAGAUCUGCUAUCUUGAUUUCAAACCUAGAGGCUGGAAAGCUUCAUCAGCAUACCAGGUGACGGGCAAGGCUGUAGACCGUGAUGGGCUGCCGAGGUGGAGCAUAGGUGGUCGUUGGAAUGACAAAAUUUAUGCACGUCAUACUCCUGGAUUUGAAGCACAAGUAUCAGGGCAGGAUCCAGAGUCAGCAAAGACGCUCUUGGUUUGGCAGUGCCACCAUAGACCGAGCGGGAUACCUUUCAAUCUAACACCGUUCGUUAUCACGUUGAAUUCCCUCCCUGAAAAUCUGAAGCAAUACCUCCCGCCAACUGACACUCGACGCCGACCUGACCAACGUGCAAUGGAAGAAGGCGAGUAUGAUUUUGCUGCCAAUGAGAAGCACCGGGUUGAAGAGAAGCAACGAGCAAAACGGAGGGAAAGGGAGACCACAGGGGAGGAGUAUCAACCCAAGUGCCUAGAAAGCACAGUUGACAUGAAUCACUAUUAUGUGCUUAAGCACGUUCAGCCAACAAUACCUGGUGACCAUGCCUGUGGACGCUGUCUACAGGCGCUCCGUCAAAGGGUCGCAGCCUCGGCAUCUGCACCAUCGGCAUCUGCACUACGGCUACAGAAUCUCCCGACUUCGAGACGACCAUCGAGACGACCAUAUCCCACCUUCUUGCAGAACUUUAGCUCGCGUCGCUCGUCAACCAAGGACAUUCAAGGGCAGGUAAAGCGGGCAUUGGCGUAUAGCCUUCAAGACACAUCCUGCUGUAUCAAGUCAUUUGGACAAAGAGCCACCUCCGCAACCUCGAGCCACUCGGAGAACAGGGUGUUACUGAAGCCCAACAAUUUGUUUCACUCUUUCACCCAUUCACCAGCCGCUGCAAUUCGGCAGCGUGCUGCAUUUAUUAAACAAAAUUCAUUCUGCCCUCAUCCUAGCCACCAGCAGACCCGUGCACCAGUCUCGCCCCAUGACCCAGAGUCGCGCAAGGGCCAACAUAGAUCGAGCCUUCCGCCGUCCCAUUCCCACUUUGAGUGCCCUGACUGUGGCGUUCCUAUCUACUGCUCAGAGGGACAUUGGGUGGACGACUUUGAGGCACACCUGGAAAUUUGUGAGACCAUUAGACAGAUCAAUGAAGAUGAUCAUGACCUACACUCGGGACGCUUUUUCCCCGAGUUUGCCUAUCCGGGGUUGCAGGAUGAUAAUUUUGUCAUUAACAUGACAAAUUGGGAUACUUUCCUCUAUACGCGGGAGUUUGACGCGAUCAACGAUGACCGAAGUAUGCGACAGGUGACUAGGAUGCUCACUUACCCGCUUACAAUUGGAAGUGUUUUACAUGAAUUGAGUCCCUAUAGCGUCCGCCAGGGAGGUAGACUUACAGUUGAAGGCUUGAAGAGUGUAAGCGCUCUUCGUUACACUUUGCACCCACCUAAAACAGGUGAAGGGGUUGAUAUCCAAGGCCUGCGCUUGAAAGCUCCUCCUGUCCGAGUAUUUAUUUUGGGAGCGCGCGCCGAGUCUUCCUUGCCCCGUGAUGUCUGGCUUCAGCUCAGUUACAUCUUCCCCCGAUCGCUUAUCAACCUGAUUUUCAUCGGACCUGAAAGCAUGGCAAACCGAGACUCUGAGUUCCCCCUCCCAGAACGGACACCGGAGAAUCCGUUCGGAGGUAUCGUCGAAGAUCGACUGGGCGGGCAGUUGAAGAUCACGACGUAUGUCGACUACUUCCACACAAUGUAUAAAGCGCAAUACUUUCAGCCCUUCGAUCCAUACCUGGAUUGCUUUAUGCUCUUCCACCCUGGUCUCGGACAUCCUGCUAGUUCCCACGAAUGGGAGGAAACGAUUCCGCAGCUUCUUGAGACCAAGAUCCCAAUUCUCUGCACUGGGUACACGCAGUGGGACAUGGAGAGAGAUAUCAACUGGGUUGGCCAAAAAUGUGCUGGGGAGUUUGAUAUCUUGCUGGAACCAGGCGAGAAUAUUUUUAGGAGCCUUCGGUGGGAUCUCAAUGAUUUAGACCCUCAUGAUGUCUCCUGUGGAAAUUGGGGGCUGUGGGCAUUUAGAGGAAAGAGGUACGAGGCGACAUUGCAAAACUCAUAG